UGUAACCGGUAUACAACAUGCAGCAGGUAGUCUCUCCAGUAAUUAUUGUCCAUGGGCAGCCAACCACAGAUGCCGUUUUAAAGCUUUGGGGCGUCGCUUGGCGUGCAUAGGAGUUUGCUUUCCUUCUGCAGGCUGUGGCUGAUGUUGUGGAUGCGCGCUCCCGUUUUGUCCAACCGAUUUGUGGUUUCUGUUCCCUGGCUUCUCCCUCCCUAUGGAAGAUGGCGGUUGGGAAAAGCUGGAGAUAUAAUAUGCAUAUAUGUUUUAUAAAUAAAUUACUUGAUUAGGGUUUUAUCUGCUGCAGGAAGACAACAUUCCGGAAUGGAUUUACAGAUCGUAGCGUUGUAUUUUCCGUGGGACUCUAUACGAUACUUGCUGCAUUUUGGAAACUGUAAUAUAUAGUAUAUUUUAAACAUCUCUCAUUUGGGAGUAAAACUGUAUGAAACAAGGAAGAAAGUGGAUGCAAAAAUGUCUGACAGUAAAGUUAAAGUUGCAGUAAGAGUCCGGCCUAUGAACAAGAGGGAAAUUGAAUUAAAUACAAAGUGUGUUGUGGAGAUGGAGGAUAAUCAAACAGUCCUGCACCCGCCGCCGUCUUCGAACACCAAAGGAGAGAGCAGAAAACCACCAAAGGUGUUUGCGUUUGAUUACUGCUUUUGGUCUAUGGAUGAAACAAACACUACAAAAUAUGCAGGUCAAGAAAUAGUGUUCAAGUGCCUUGGAGAUGGAAUUCUCGAAAAUGCAUUUCAGGGAUACAAUGCUUGUAUAUUUGCCUAUGGACAGACAGGUUCUGGGAAAUCAUUCUCAAUGAUGGGCAAUGCUGAGCAGCCUGGCUUGAUUCCACGUCUAUGUUGUGCAUUAUUUCAAAGGGUUUCUAAAGAACAAACUGAAGCUCACACAUUUAAAGUAGAAGUGUCUUACAUGGAGAUAUACAAUGAGAAGGUUCGGGACUUGUUGGAUCCUAAAGGGAGUCGGCAGUCGCUAAAGGUACGCGAACAUAAAGUAUUUGGACCAUAUGUGGAUGGCUUGUCUCAGCUGGCUGUGACCAGCUUUGAGGAUAUUGAAUCUUUAAUGUCAGAGGGAAACAAAUCAAGAACAGUAGCUGCUACUAAUAUGAAUGAAGAAAGCAGUCGCUCCCAUGCAGUGUUCAGCAUCAUCAUUACCCAGACACUUAUUGAUCUUCAGACUGGUAACUCUGGAGAGAAAGUUAGCAAAGUCAGCCUAGUUGACUUGGCUGGUAGUGAGAGGGUGUCAAAAACAGGAGCUGCUGGUGAACGUCUGAAGGAAGGCAGCAACAUAAACAAGUCCCUCACAACACUAGGUCUCGUCAUUUCUGCACUGGCAGAUCAGUCAUCAGGGAAGGGGAAGAGCAAAUUUGUGCCUUACCGAGACUCUGUACUCACUUGGCUUCUUAAGGACAACUUGGGAGGAAACAGCAAAACUGCCAUGAUAGCUACCAUCAGCCCCGCAGCAGAUAAUUUUGAAGAAACUCUGUCUACUUUGAGAUAUGCUGACAGAGCUAAGCGGAUAGUGAAUCAUGCUGUGGUGAAUGAAGAUCCUAAUGCUAAGAUAAUCCGGGAAUUGCGGGAAGAAGUGGAGAAGUUGAAAGAACAGUUGACACAGGCUGAGGUAUAUUUGUAG